AUGUGAAAUGCCUGAGUCAGUAAGACCAAACCCACAGGCCUCAACAGUAUUUAAGUAUUGUCCUGUCAGUGGAUCACAUCUUUUGUCACCUGCGCUCUGGCUUUUCUGUGAUGGGCUCAUGCCGAGGAAUUUCUAAUAUCUGAAGCCUGACAGACUUUCAUUAUCAGCGAUGGGUGACUGGUCUUACUUGUCCUCACUACUAGACAAGGUCCAGUCUCACUCCACUGUGGUGGGCAAGAUUUGGAUGAGUGUCCUUUUCCUGUUCAGGAUCUUUGUCCUGGGUGCUGCUGCAGAUAAAGUCUGGGGAGACGAGUUGUCUGAGUUCUACUGCGACACCCAUGAACCAGGAUGCAACACAGCUCGCUAAAACGCAAAGUUUCCAAUUUCAUACAUUCAUUUCUGGGUCCUGCAGAUCACCUUUGUGUCCACACCCACUCUGAUCUACCUGGGCCAUGCUGUCCACAUCAUUCACAAAGAGAAGAGGAUGAUGGAGAACAAUACUUUGGGAACUGUACUGAAGAAGCCCAAGUAUACUGAAUGAGGGAAGGUGAAGAUAAAGGUCCUAUUUUGCACUUACAUGACUCAGUUGAUCUUCAAGAUCUUCCUGGAGGUGGGCUUCUGUGUCGGCCAGUUCUUCAUCUUUGACACUAUAUCCACAGAACACGUGAUGAGCUGUUAUGAGCGUCCUUGUGCCCAUAUCACCGGUGUCCAGUGUUACAUAUCCCGUCCCACAGAGAAGGCAAUCUUCAUCAUCUUCAUGCUUGUAUUUUCAUUCAUUUCAGUGCUUCUCAACAUCGUGGAAAUAAUUUACCUGCUCUGUAACAGGAGGAAAGAGAUCAGGAAACGGAAUCUAGCUCAGCAGCAUGUGCUCAGUUCACAACAGUACUCAUCUAACCCAGCCUGGAGGGGAAUGAGCCAGUAUGGAGGCUUCCCACUGUCACCUCUGCCUGCUCAGGGUCUGACAGACAAACCCAUUGACUGUGUCAUUAAAGAGAAGGACACUUGAUACAUGAAUUAUACUUUAUGUUAGCUGGAUGUUUGCUCUUGUUAUUAUUUUGCUUCAGGUACUCUUGAAUAAUUUUAGAUGGUCAAUAGCUGGUUUGUGUGAAAGGUUCUUGAUUGAACUGUGUGCUGUGCCUCAGAAUAAUUGAUACUAAAUAACCAAAUAGAAUUUGCUUUGUUUUUCUUUAUUAGUUUUAUUUCCAUGAUAUAUACUAUACUUAUAUACUGCAGUCAUUGAUGAAACACAGCAACCCAGUCUACCAGACAUGCUUAACAGGGCUUUACAGUUCCGAUGAUGAACAAUAUUUUAGUCAUUCUUCACUGAAGGAAAUUAAUCUAUUAUUACAUGUAAAAUGAUGUGUCAUAUUUGUUGUUGUAUUGCUGCAAUAAAUGUUUAAACACUGAUCAUAAGACAUUAA